AUGAACGCAAAUAAUCGUGCACAGCUUCACAAGUACGAACCACCUAACUGGGCUUCAUCCCUGAACAGCAUUCCAAAAUAUUUCGUCAAGGUUCGUAAAUUGGAGUUUGUCCUGGCUGAUGCCUUAGAUAAGAAGUGUGACACAGUGAUAACGUGUGGUGGUCUCCCUUCCAAUCAUUGUAGGACUACUGCAGUUGCAGCAAAACAACUUGGUUUGAACUGCUACUUGCUGCUAAGAAGUUCGGACCAGAAGACAGUCAAUGUUGGAUGUAAAGGCAAUCUACUUUUAAGCAGAAUGGCUGGAAGUAAUAUUAUUCUUGUUCCGGAGUUGAAAUAUAAAUCUGGCCUAAAGCCAAUGAUGGAGAAAGUGGCAGAAAAAUUACGUCAGCAAGGUUCAGCCCCAUACCUGGUUGAGGUUGGAGGAUCUUCAUAUACAGGAUUGUUUGGUUACCUCACAGCAUUUCAGGAAAUGAUGGAUCAAAAUCUACUGGAAGAUUUUGAUGAUAUUGUAUUGACAGUUGGCAGUGGAGGAACUGCAGCCGGAAUUGCCAUAGCUAAUUAUCUGACAGGUUCAAAACUCAAAUAUUCAAAAAUUUUUCUUGUAGAAUACGUUUUAGAGAUUUCCAGUUCAACAGGAGUGUUCAUUGACCCAGUGUACAAUAUAAAGGCAGUCAGAGGAAUGCUGGCUGAAAUGUCCAACAAUCCCAAAAGAUUUCAAGGAAAUAGGAUACUCUAUAUUCAUACUGGUGGAUGUUUUGGUUUAUUUGAUGGCAGAAUUGAUCCUUUACUAACAAGUUCACGAAGCACACAA